GAGCUAAAGAAAAUGUUUUCACAAUUUUACAAGCAAGUUUGUGUGGCCCUGAUAAUAGGCUUGAUUUUGGUGAUACACCAGACGGACGCCAAAUGCGGUGAAUGUGGUACCAAUGGCAUUGCCUGCAUUAACAGCACAAACUUCCAUAUUUGCUUUGGUGCCGAUCCUGACAAGAGUUUAAAUUUUCAGUGUCCAACGAAUAAAAUAUGCACACGCCUUGGUAUGAAAUGUGUUGAACCUGGCAUGGGAGUGGAACCUGAUUGUGGAUCUGGCUUGGGUUGUGCUACCUGUGACGGCGAUCAAUUGUUCACAUGCACAAGUCGCACCACAUACGCCAUGUGCCAGGGGGCCCAAGUGAGCAAAACGCACUAUUCAUGUCCCUCACACAUGACAUGUGAUACAAGGACCAAGGAAAUAUGUGUUGAUGAGUGCCAUCGAGGUGGAGAUGAACCAGUGUGUAAUUUGGAUAAGCCGAUGUAAAAAAAAUACAAAGGCUAUGUUAAAAAUGGUUAAAAAUUAAUUCUAUGCACAAAAUAUCUACAAAAUAUUCUACAUUUUAUAAAACUAAAUUUCAAAAGAAUCACUGAAUAUUGUUGAAAUGUUUUAUACAGAUAACUAGCUGACCCGGGCCCGCUCCGCUGCGCCUUCUUUUACUUUAUA